AUGUCAGAUCUUUAUUUCCCCUUCACUCAUGAUAAAGAUAGGCCCCUUAAUCUGGAGGAGUUUGCUCAAUUAGAGCCCCUCUGGGAUAGAGCGAUCCAAUCUCCAGCGGAAAUCUCAAUCGAUGAGAAGCAUCAACUGAUGGAAUGGCCGCCUCGCGCGGAGAUGGAAGCCAAAGCACUCAAAUAUCUCGGACUAUCAGUUGACGACCUAUUCCAAAAAGCAGCCACAGCUCCGUUGACUUUGACAUACCCGGAAUGCUGUCUCAUCGAGCACCAUUUUCGCAUCAUAGCAGUUCUGAACAGGGGUAGUCGAUUCGCUUGGCUGCGCAAGAUCCCCGAUCUUAUACACAAGAAAAAAGAAGCAGAAGAUUCAAUACUGACACCGACGGAGCUACAAGCCAUUCGCAAUGUGGAGGGUGUCGCUCGCCAGAUACAAAAGACAGCACACGCCGAAAUAAGGGAAAUGUUCAAAAACAGGGAAAGGCCAUAUGGCACGCCGCCCCAGUGGAUACAGAAUAUUAUCGACCAAGGGGAUGAUAAGACCUGGGGCUAUGUGUUCUAUCAUCACAAAGAGACAGCCGGGUGGAGUGCCUUUGUGGACGACUUAAAUGGCAUGCUUGCAAUGCGUACGUAUUUAGAAGGGGAACAAGAGGUCCUUGAGUCUAAAGUGGGACACUUCAUUCCAUUUGAUACGGAUGAGAAUGAUAUCAGCUAUUUCCGACAGGACUUUAUUGAUCAUCGUGAGGGGGGUGCUCUGAAAGCUGGCAUUUUGAAGAAUGUGUUCUUCUUGUUGACAAGUGAAUCUCGACAAUUCGUUCGCCACGGCACAGAGGAAUUUUCUGGUUGGUUUUGGGCAAUCGACCCCAACUGGUCUUCCCUGAGUCCCGACGAGGAGGGUUACGAUGGCAGACUCAAGAUCAAUGGAACCCAAGUCUUCUGGCGGUUCUAUGAAUUCAUGUCGUCGGGAAAGUUCACACUCAAGGAUGUUUGGCGUGAUUUCCAUGCUGUCAAUGCGGAAAAGAGAUACCCUUGCUUUGCGGAACCGGUUGCUUGGCAUUUCACGAUGCUCGACAGGCUCAGGUGGCCUUUUGAAUAG